AUGGACGUCAACGGUCAGUCCGUCAUCAAUUACGUGGCGUUGAACGACGACCUGGUUGUCUACCUUGUGUCUGUUUGCACUGAUUUCUUAUUGCCGCACGAUACUUUGUACCUCGCCGGUGACAUUCGUCGCGUCAUGAGCAAGUACGAUUUCAUCUCGUUUUUGGCAGUCGUGACGGACAACACGGCAGCUAAUAGACUCGUGUGA